AUGAGUAAUUCUCUUAUUAUUGUUGUUUUCUUUGUUAAAGAUGAGGAUCAAUCAAAAUUACCAAAAGUAGUUCAUAAAACGAGAAGGGACCAAAGUGAAAUUAGUCCACUCAUUAAGUAUUUGAUGUUUGGAUUCAAUAUUAUAUUCUGGAUACUUGGAUUCUUGAUAGCAGCUAUUGGUGUUUACGCAUGGGUAGAAAAAGAGACAUUUCAAAAUUUUGGCAGAUUGACAAUGGGUGGAGCUUUAUUUUUUGAUCCAGCUUUACUGUUUAUUCUUGUUGGUGUAACAAUGUUUUGUAUUGGUUUUGCCGGUUGUUUGGGUGCUCUGCGAGAAAAUACUUGUUUACUACUGUUUUUCAGUUUUGCUUUGGCAAUUAUAUUUUUUGCUCAAUUAGCAUUUGGUACUCUAAUAUUCAUUUAUCGUGACAAAGUCAAAAAUGAAGCUGAAAAACAGUUAUUAGUUAUGAUAACAAGUUAUCGUGAUGAUCCGGAUCUGCAGAAUAUGAUCGACUGGAUACAACGCGAUUGGCUACACUGUUGCGGUGUGAAUUCUUAUCGUAAUUGGGAAAGUAAUGUCUAUUUUAAUUGUUCAUCAAAAGCUGUAGGUAGUGUCGAAGCGUGCGGUGUGCCAUCAUCCUGUUGCAGACCAGACUAUUUUCAUAAUAAUAAACAAUGUGGUUACGGCACGCUCGAACCAUCAGCGGCUACACAUAUGAUUUAUACAGAAGGUUGCGUCUUACAAGGAUCCCAAUGGUUUGAACGACAUAUUUUACCAGUAGCUAUAUUUGUUGUUGUACUUGCAGUCCUUCAGAUAUUUAAAAGUUUAUACAGUGAGAAAAUGGACUACGUCAAUAAAGCAGCUGAUGCAGCUAAAGCUGGUUUGGGUGUUGCUGGUGAACUAAUACAAAAAGCGGCACAUAGUGUUUCUGAAGUUUUAACUGGAGACACAAACGAGAAAAAAGACGAUGUUGCUCAAGCAGAAGAAAAGAAUCAGAAGUCAACUGAAAAAAAGGAUGGUGAUAGCGAUGAUAAAGGUAGCGAUAAACACGGAGAGGAAAUAAAAUCGAGAAGUAGAGAAUUUAAAGAAACUGAAGAUAAAAAACUUGAAUCAACAACACAUGUACAACAAUCUGGUUAUAAUGAUAAGCCUGUAGCAAUCCCUGUCAAAACAUUAAAGACAAGUUGGCCAGAAUUAGUUGGAAAGUCGAGUGACGAUGCAACUAAAGCACUAAAAGAAAAUGGUACAUUUGAUAUCAAGAUAUAUAAAAAAGGCACAUCGUCAGCCAGUGAUCAUGUAGAGAAUCGUGUGCGCCUCAUUACGGAUGAAAAUGGUAUUGUUGUUGAAGAACCGAAAGUUGGUUGA